AUGCCCCAGUUCUAUCAUUUUGGGUUCGAUAAAGCUCCCAAUCCUGUCGGAUCCACAGCUUUGGACAAGAUUCAGAAACCCCAAAGGAAGGCUUUUGACCUUGAACAUGCUAAUCUGAGACCUCUCAAGUUCCCGAAUUUUAUUAGUCUACGAGAUAUCGUUCCUAUUAGCGGGUUUGACACAGUGACGUUGCAUGGCAAUGAGUCGAAAGAUGGCGGCAGCACGUUGGCCCACCCUGAAGAAUUCCCUCAAUUUAACGGUGAGAAUUAUGAAUUCAAGCAUUACAUUACCCUCAAUUUAUUUCACGAUGACACUGACCCGAUCAAAUCUCUUCUCACAGUUGGAGUUGAAGGUCUUCCAAAAUAUUUAAUUCAGUCCAAUUAUCUUACGGACGAUUUACUGAACUACACGGUGACCGAGCUACUCACAUCAGUGCCAGUCAAAGUGAAUGACGAGAAUGUGCAUAUCAACACCAAAUUCAGCUGGACUGCGCUCAACAACGAUACCAUCGACUCCAAGAUAAUAUUCAUCGAGUUCCAUGACCUCUUGACUCUAUAUUUGUUUGAGAAAAUGGUGAGCAGCGAGGAUUUAAAGGUGCGAUUGAAACAGACUGCGCGCAUGGCAUGUGAGAAGUUGGCGGAUAGCAUUGAGAUCACAGAAAUUGACUCUUCCAAGUUCAGGGAGCGAUUGAGCCAGAUCGAAAAACAUGAGACUUUGAGAAAAAAAGGGCCGCAAACGCUCAAUGGACAGGACGAAGUUUAUACGGUGGAUUCCAAAGAUCUCGAAGACGUUCCACCAGACAUGCUUGAUUUGGUCAAGCAGAAUGUGAUCGAUUUUAGAAUGAGAGUGCGGUACUUGGAAAGUCAAAAAAAGGAGCAGCAAAUGAUCAGGGACAAACAGUUGAGCAAGACGAAGCUGCGUAGGAUGCUGCCCUCUCGCAAUGACAGGAACGACGACGAGUCUGAUGAAGAGAUACAGGAUGACGGAAUUGACGAUGAAGAAUUUAAGAAGCAACAGGAGACACAGGCGCAGUCAAGGGCAGAAAAAACUUUCUUUAUGCGGAUACAGCAGACGCGAAAGCGCGACGAGGCGCGCUUGAAGUCCAUAGAAGCUUUCCACAAGAAAAUCGAACACCAUGCGUACGAAACGGAAUACGUUGUCAACGCACGGAAGCGCUUCCUGGAUAGUUUUGUCAACGGCAUCAAGGACCCUGCGAACAAGAUCGAUCAGAAUUUCAGCUACUACGUGAACCAUAGCAAUUAUCUUGCUUUCCGGAGCAAGAAGAAACAAGACGAGGAGCGAAUGGACGCUAUAGACAGAGACGAGGAAGCCAAGGAACGUGACGCAACUGCCGAGCAAGAAGAGUUCAUGGCCUCGUUCACGAGCAAACCAGUCAAGAUAUCACUUCGUAAGAAGGAAGAGGCGCCUGCUCUAACGGAAGAUCAGGUGGACAAAGUCCGGCGCAAAGCAGAAGAGGUUCUUGAAGAGUUUCUGGGUGUUAGAGAGGAGUCACUGGUAGACUUCAUUGUCAGCUUCGUUUCGAACAAUUACCACCGCGGCACGGACCAUGACGAAUAUCGCGCGUUUGUGUCAGAGUUGGCCGAAACCCUAGAUGAGGACGCAGAAACUGCUGUGGACCGGGUGUAUAAAUGUAUAACGUAA